AUGUCCACAUCAAAUUUGCACUCGCGUGGGGCGUCCAUCGUCGCUCCGCCGCCUCUGAACGAAGCCGUCGUUUCACCCACGGUGAACACAACUCGGGAACGCACGCCCGCUCCCCCCAACUCUUCGAGACAGUGGGUGGAGGUGGCAAUGCGGUGCAUGCAAAACAGGAAAAUUCUCCCGCAACGUGUGAUGCAGAUGCUAGCGGAUACUGCCCAGAAACUACUUGAAGAGGAUCCCUCUAGCAGUAGUGGUCAGCCGGUAGGUGCGACAACCUCAGCGGCAGCAAGGUCCCAUCCACUCGCAGAGAGCGAAGGUGGAGAGUUCAGCUCCGUUGAAAACGCCUCCACAAGUGCCGAAGAUGCGCUGCCAGCAACCCCGCGUCGGUGGCUAGCAGCACGUUUUCUUCUAUUGGGCUCCAGCAUUGGUCUGAAACGGGGAACCACCUCAUCGUUGCGUGCAGCUGUGCGUUUGGCAGAAGAGGCGGUCGCCGCCCACCGCUGCCCCCUUACCACCAUACAUCUCGCAUGGACGUGUUAUGAACUUGGAUGUCAAGUGCAGGACAGCGGUGGUCGCAGCACGCUGGAGAGGAUGGCGCGAGAUCUUGUUGUGGGGGUCUCAGAGGCAAUAACAUGGGGCGGCGCGACGGUCCCAACGGAAGCUGUGCUGCAUACUAAACUCGCGUGGCUAAUGGCUCUUCUUGGGGAGACGCCGAGAGCCAUGAUGCUCUUACAACUCCUUGUCAAGCAAAGUCGUGCAGACGUGGAUGCGUUGGUGUUACUCUCUGUACUACACUCCACCAGUGGUGAGUAUGACAGGGCGCUUGCAGUUGCCUACCAUUUGGAGCAACUGCAUCCACAGUACGUCGUUGGUGGACUCGUUCUGGCGCUGAUGCGGCAUGUGGCGAACGACAUCAGUACCAAGCAGAAUGAGAGCAUGGAAGAGUUGCUGGCAGUAAUGGUGGCACGCGUCCAGGCAGUGAUGCAGUACACACUGGAGCCAACAGGCGUUUCUGGUGGAUCUGCCCUUGCUCCAGAUAUCGUCACCACCGUUGUAUCUGAUGGUGGCUGGAGCAGCCGCGCUCAAGGGGCGGGGCGGGUGGCGGGGCACUGGGCGCUCUUGGCGUAUGUUGCAUUGGAGGCAGGUUGCGACUCCAUCGCGGAGCUUGCUGUCGAUGCCGGCCUUGAGUAUAUUGGUGGAGCGAGAGAGGAGCACCGCCAGGCGUUUGCCGACCUCGUCUGCUGCAGUGCGAGACUGAAGAUUGACCGGGUUGAGAAACUCGAGGAGGUGCUGCAGCGGCGCAGCAGCGUUGCUGGCAUAGAGGGCGCCGUUGCUGAGCUCCACGAGAUAGAGGACGAGCGGCUCGGGAAGGAGCGACGGGCACUCCUCGACAGCAACGAGAUUCUCUCUCUGCAGACAAUGCUGGGGAAGGCUCUGGAGGUGAGCACCGCACACGCCGAAGCGUAUCUCCUGUUGGGCCGCCUCUACCUGUUAGAGGCACUUAAAGCCGGCCAGCCGCAACAUAUGUGUGUGACGCGGCUUGUGGAGGCGGCGCAGAACUUCCAGACAGCAAUUCGUUGCAAUCCGACUCUAACAGACGCGUACGAGGGGAUGGGGCGCGUUUGUGAGGCGCAGGGCACGGUGGAGGUAGGCCUGAGUUUUCACUCGUCUGCGGCGGAGCUCGCGUACCGCAAGCCUGUGAUCCCAUUUGAAAGAUUCUUGUACCUUCUGCGGUAG